CGGGCAGCAGCGCCCUAAUCCCAGCUCAUCCCCUAAUCGCCCGGUGUGGCCAGCCAUGGCGGGGUCGGCCGCGGGCCAGGCGGAGGCCUGGAGCCCCCCGGCCCUGUACGAGGAGUACCGGCCGCCCCCGCUGGACGCCGUCCGCCUGCCCCGCUACGCCCUGUACCUGCUGAUGGCCGCCAUCCUGGUGGUGGCCGUGGCCUACGCCAUCGUCGGCCACCUCAUCAAAGACCUCGCCCACGACCUGGCCGACUGGGCCUUUGGCCCCAAGCCAGACCAGGAGGACGGGCCCCGGGAGCUGCGGGCGAGCCUGGCCGCGGAAGACCUGGAGGAGCUGGACCUUCAGCUGGCCCUGGCCUGGCGCGGGGAGGAGGACGCCGCGCGGGCCCCUCGCCGCCCCUCCAUCACUUUCCGGGACCCGCCCGUGCAGACCGGCUUUCGGAGGCUGGACUGACCCGGCGGGGCGGCCGUGCCCACGCCCCCUGUGUCCCCACCACCUGUGUGUGUAACGUGUUUGUUGUGUGACACAGGGUCUGGCUGGCCUGAAACUCAGAAUCCCCCUGCCUCAGCUUGAGUGCUGGGAUUGCAGACACCCCCCCCCCCCC